GGUGCCAAUGAAUAGGAAUUUAGCAGGCGUGAACGUCAUAAAUUAAUUGUUAAAUAGACGUUUGAUAUUUUACUACUUCGUUUCGUGUAUAUAUCGCCGAAGCUCAAAAUUUGUAAUUACCGUAUGACACAGAUACGGCAACUGUAAAUUGCAACUGCAACCGAUCGUGGGAAGAAACUCGUCCCAAAGAAACGCCGUUCAACGGUAAAACUUCAAAUCUACUGGACCAAUGCUUUACAGGGGAUAAUCUGCAAGGAAGAAGAAUUAUCAAGUCAAAGAAUAAUUUGUGGACACCCUACUUCAAACUUCAAUGACCUCAACAUGUGUGAUGAAUCAAGUGGUACAAACUCAUCUAUUAAUAUCCAAGAUAGAUGUCAACAGUAUAAUACAAACCUGUCACAGUCUGGUCAUAAAUCAUAAUACAACGAUCAAACAACUUAUCUCCCUUUUCUCUAAAAUAUCUGGUUAUGAUUCUUACUGUGAACAGAUUGUGUCUUUAUGUAACCAGAGCUUGUCUGAUACGGUAACCAGUUGCAACACUGUAGUAAAUGUCUGUAAAAUAUCUGGUUAUGAUUCUUACUGUGAACAGAUUGUGUCGUUAUGUAACCAGAUCUUGCCUGAUACGGUAACCAGUAGCAAUGAUGUAAUAAAUGUCUGUAAAUCGUCAAGACCUAUAGUUUUGUCGCCAGAUAAGCCAGAUACUUAUUUGGCAGUCGGUAAUGGUGAAGGUCCUGGAAGUUCAACAUUUUUCAAACCUAGUAACCAGAAUGCUAAGGAAACGAUUUCUAAGGCAUGUCAAGCCACCAGAUUGUACCAAAAAAAUGUCUCACCUUCUAUUUUAAAACAAUAUGUAGCAACAAGAAAAAACAAAUCUUCCAUAUUAAAAAAAAGUAAACCCAAAAUAACCAUAGCAACAAAUAAACCCAGCAUAACCAUAGCAACAAGUCAACCUGAAUUACCGAUACUAACAACAAGGCCUGAAUUACCCGUAGCAACAAAUAAACGCCAAAUAAUGACAGCAGCAAGUCAUCCUGGGUUACUCAUAGCAACAAGUCAUCCUGAAUUACUCAUAGCAACAAGUCAACAUAAAUUACCCACAGAAAAAAGUCAACCUGAAUUACUCUUAGAAACCGGUCAACCUGAACAACCCAUAACAACAAGUAAACCCAACAUAACCAUAGCAACAACUCAACUCUUGGAAACAAGUCAACCUCAAUUACCCAUAGCAACAAGUCAAUCGGAUUUACCCAUAGCAACAAGUCAACCUCAAUUAUCCGUAGCCACAAGUCAACCUCAAUUACCCAUAGCAACAAGACAAUCCAAACCAAAACUUUUAACAAGAAGUAAACCCAACAUAAAAAUAGCAUCAAGUGAACCAAAAAUACCUAUAGCAACCAGUAAUCCUAAAUUGCCUGUAGUAACAAGUAAAUCGGAGUCAUCCAAAAUAACAAGUAAUCCACAAUUAAAUCUGCUAAGCAGUCAUUGCAUUCUACCGAAACCACCCAUAGCAAUGAUUAAUCCUGAUUUACCAAUAGUAACAAAUAAACCUAUGUUACCCAUAGCAACAAGUAAAUCUGAAUCAUUCAAAGUAACAAAUAAUCUACAAUUACACCCACAAAGCAGUCACGGUAAAUUACCAUUAGCAACCAGUAUAUUAAAAUCACCUAAAGCACCAAGUAAAUCUGAAGUAUGUAUAGAAACCAUAGCAACAGAUGAGUGUGAAUUGCCUAUAGCAACAAGUAAACCAGAAACACUCAAAGGAACGGGUAGAAGUAACUCUGCAUUUCCAAAAUCAAACAAUAAUCUCAAAUGCAACAUAGUAACUAUCUAUCCUAAAUCAUAUGUAGGUACAAGGAAACAAGUAUUGCCCAAAGUAACCAACAAGCCUGAGUUAACAACAGAUAAACCUGACAUAUCUAUAGUAACGAGUGAACCUGAAUUAUUGAUAUCAACAAGUAAAUCUGAAUUCUCCAUAGUAACUAAUAUGACCGAGUUAUCCAUAGCAACAAGUAAACCUGAUUUACCAACAGCAACAUCACCAAUCGAAAACAACAUUAACUCAUCAACAAUUGUUAAACCAAGGCAAAGAAAUGCAACUGAUAUUGAAACAAUGGAGGCCAUCAAUAAUUUACUAGAGAGCAAUGCCGAUGGGGGAGAUGAGAUUCUGGAAUUUGUCGAUAUUACAGAUGUGUACGAUGUUGUUAGAGGCUCUCAUCUCAUGGAUAAUGUUACAGCAGAUUCGCAUAAAGUAUCUGUCAGUGAGAGUCAUCCAAAAAGCUUGCCUAAAGUAUUUGUGAGUGAGAAACACCCAAAGCCAUGUGAGAAAUUGAUUUGUGAAAUCUGUGGGAAAAUUUCAAAAACACGUGGCAGCUUGAAUAGACAUAAACUUUUACAUCUGGGUCAGAAACCGUUUGCCUGUCCGCACUGUGAUUACAGGUGUGUCACUAACAGUUAUUUGAAACAUCAUCUAAAAAUACAUAGCAACGAGAGAAACUACCAGUGUGCGAAAUGUGGUAAAUGUUUUCUUCGAAAGAACAAUCUGACAAUUCAUGACUUGACUCACACUGUCACUGAAAAAAAAUACCUCUGCGACGUAUGUCCAUCCCGCUUUUGGGACAAGGGUACGUUAUAUAGCCAUAAAAGAUACGUACACGAUAAAACAAUUCAAUGGCCGUGUUCAGUAUGCAGUAAGACUUUUAGCCGAAAACACUGUUUAGAUAUGCACUCGAUGCGUCACAACGCAGAAGAAAGAUUCACUUGUGAAAUUUGUGGUAGAAAAUAUAAACUGAAAGAUUCUCAACGGAAACAUAGUAAAACGUGUGAUGGUGGUGACCAAAAGAAAAAUGUGAUAGUGGUGAGAGAUAGUAAAAUAUGUAAUGGUGGUGAGAUAUAG